ACUCACAAACAUACAUCAAACUACAACUCAGAAAACAUGGCAUCCACUUAUCUACAUUAUUCGUCGGCAUUGCUCAUGUUCCUAUUCAUCAGUGCUUUCUCAUUCUUUAAACCCUCAGAAGCAGCCGGUAUAGCCACUUACUGGGGCCAACACACUGAUGAAGGGACCCUAGCAGCCGCCUGUGCUACUGGAAACUACCAAUUUGUAAACAUAGCUUUCUUGACCACCUUUGGUAACGGCCAAACACCAGUCCUGAACCUAGCAGGCCAUUGUGAUCCUGCUUCUACCUGCUCUAGUUUAAGCUCCGACAUACGCGCAUGCCAAAGCCAGGGUGUUAAGGUGUUUCUUUCUUUAGGAGGAGCCAUUGGAAGCUAUUCAUUAUCGUCACCACAAGAUGCACAGCAAGUCGCUGAUUACUUGUGGAACACUUUCCUAGGCGGGCAGUCGGCUUCCAGGCUGUUAGGAGAUGCUGUUCUGGAUGGAAUCGACUUCGACAUUGAGCAGGGUACAGACCAGUACUGGUCUGACCUGGCUAGGGCACUCACAGCACAUGGCUCACAGCAAAAAGUUUACUUGUCUGCAGCACCCCAGUGCCCUUUCACAGAUAACCAACUGAUCACGGCAAUCAGGGACGGGAUUUUUGAUUAUGUCUGGAUUCAGUUCUACAACAAUGGGCAAUGCGAGUAUGGGGCAAAUGCUGAUGCUUUAUUAGCCAGAUGGAACGAGUGGACUCAGGUGAACUCCAAUCAGUUUUUCUUGGGUUUGCCGGCUGCUACAGGAGCUGCCGGCAGCGGAUACAUUCCACCAGAUGUUCUCACGUCUCAGGUUCUUCCAGCAAUCAAGAGUUCUCCCAAGUAUGGUGGGGUUAUGCUAUGGGACAGGUUCUAUGAUCAACAAAAUGGAUACAGUGACGCCAUCAAAAGCAGCGUUUGAUCCUGAAGUGACAGUCUUUAAUACUUGAUUAUUAUGUGUUAUGUAAUUGAAUAAACUCGUAUUUUCAGGAGAUGAGGAUCAGAUGGGAUUUUUUUAACAGAAUAAAAAAAAAACUACUCAUAAUACUUUGUUAUGUUUCUUUUAUAAUAAUAACUGUAAUGCCAGACUGCCAGUAAUAAAAGACAUAAUAAAGGGCUCUUUGUUAA